AUGAAUUUUAUUGAACGAUUCUAGUUAAUUAAAUGUUAAAAGCAUCCAGAUAAACCAAUAACAAAUAUUUGUCUUAAUGAAUAAUGUUAAGAAUAACACUAAUUUUGUUAAACUUGUGUUAAACUUCAUGUCGAACAUUCCAAACAAAUUAUUUACAUGAAAUAAAUAGAUGUCUUACUUAAACGAAAUACAAAUGUUAAUUAAAUCUCAUAAGAUAAAUUUGGAUUAGAAACAUACAAUAUUUAUCGUGAAUUUAAGAAAACAAUAUAAAAUUAAUUAAAUCAAUUAGAAGAAGAAUUAAGAAUUAUUAUCAAUAAUCUAGUAAAUAAUUCCAAGAUAAAUUAAUAUGGAUAUAAAUUUUUAUAGUCUAUCAAUGAAUUUAAUAAAGAUGACAUUGAAGAUUUAAGACAAUAUCUUAUAAAAGAAUAGUAAGACAUUUAAAAAAAUUAAGUAAUAUUAAAAGAGAAUUAAAACUAAAAAAAAAUAAUUGAACUCAAAGACUAUUUAUAAAAUUAGAUUCCAAAUAUAUAAAAAGAGAUAUUAAAUCAAUUAGAUUGUGUCAAUAGAAUAUUUUAUACUAAUAGUCAAAGAAUUGAUAGAUUGAAAAAAGUUUGGAUUAGUAUUUAUAUAAAAAUAUAUUUUUAGCUGAUGAAGGUUUGAGUCAACCAAGUAUCUUUGAUAAAAAUACAAUUAGGGUAAAUCAAUUUCAAAUAAGAGACAAACCAUUGUAUUUAAUUGGAAUUUAUUAACCUAUGUUAUAUAAGGGUAGCUAUAAUUCAUCAAAUUAUGAUUCACAAAGCAAAUCUUCAUUAAAAUUAACUUAUAAGUUACAUCUAGGAAAUGAUCUAACCAAAUAAAUUUUUAAAGAACAUAAAAUAUUGGAACAUGAAAAAUAAACAAUUGUGGAUGGUCAUUUAUAUUAUCUUGAAUUCAAAAAUCCUAUAAAAUUAUUGCCUCAUUAGACUUAUAGUUUAUCAAUAACAACAAAAGAAUAAAAAGCAUUUUAUACAUAUUAAUAUUCCAAUAAUCAUAUUGAUCAUCCACUUAUUAAAUGGUAAUCAGAAAAUUUAACAGAAUCUGAUUAGUUUAUUAAAGGUUAAUAUGAACAUCUUUAUUCUUAUCCAGACAUUGAUUAAAUACCAGCAAUAUAGGUGAAGUUGUGA